AUGCCGAGUCUAUCAUUGGCUCCGAACACCGUGAUCCAGUCCAUCUCUGUGCCUUCCCAUUCGCUGAGGUCGACUCCCGCCCCGGCACACAUCGUCUAUCACAUAGACGUCACCACCCCUUCCCGCGUCUACUCCGUCUCGCACCGCUACAACGCCUUUGUGCAACUUGUCCAAGACCUGCAGACCGAGAACGCAGGGCAUAAAGUACCCCUGGCUUUGCCAUCGCGGAGAGGGGCGUCGUCGAUCUUCUCUCUCGUCGGCGUAGGCGGGGGCAGUGGCAGCAACCUAUCCGAGGCUCAGCUCCUACAACGACGGCAAGGGUUAGAGAACUUCUUGCGGGGUUUAUUGGCCGACAAAGAUCGUCGGUGGGCCUCGUCCAAGGCGUUCAGGGAGUUUCUCGCCGCGCCUUCGAUGACGGAAGAGGAAGGAUCGGCUUUCACGCCUUUGACAUGGAUGACGGAGCAGCAAGCGCUCGUCGUGUUGGCCAGGGAACUACGCGCCACGUUCGCAAAGAGGGAUGCUUUGCUAUUGCAACGGGAUCAUAGUGCCCAUGCGACAGGACAAGAAGGCAAGCGGGGGCUCGUGUCGCUUGUCGCUCGGCUCGGCACUUUGACCAAAGGGCUUGCAGGAUUGGCCAAGACGGGACUGCCGCAAGGGGAACUGCAACGGAGAGGGGACUUGAUUGCACAAUUGCAGGAUGAGACAGAGACGUUGGGCGCGAUCGCUGCGGCUGUACCUCGAGUCGGUGCAGCAUCAAUAGGGAAACCCGAAGAACCCGUCUCGGCUCAAAGAGGAGCGCUCUUGGGUGCCCGUUCGUCGACCAAACCCGCCGCUCGAGUGUUGGGACAACCGGUCGAGACGGCCGAAACAAGACCACUCGAUAACGCAGGCUUGAUGCAACUGCAGCAACAGUACGUUGCCGAGCAAGACGACAAGCUCGACUCGUUGACGGCCGCGCUGAGGAGGCAACGAGCAUUGGGCGAGAUGAUUAGUCAGGAGCUGUCGGAGCAGGAAGAGCUGUUGGAUCACUUGGACAAGGGUUUGGAUAGGACAGGUGGGAAGCUCAAGACUGCUGAAAAGCUGAUGAAGAAGCUCUAG